UUCCGGAACGGAAUUCGCGGAUAUGUUGAUCUAUUAUAUUGCGGUGCUAUAUUUCUUGGGUUCCUUGAAGCCCUCCAUAUGGGCUUUCAAGAACUGUGCUCCGGAAAAACAAUGUGUGCCGUACGAGCAUUGCAACGAGGGAUUAACGGUGGAGGGAAAGUUCUACCCGGACCGCAGUAGGACGACCUUGGACGAGAACUGCCAUUACAUGGAAAAGUGCUGCAAUAUCCAAGAUAUACUCUCGCCUCCGCGACUCCCGGAGGAGGCCACCCACUGGCCAUGUGGGGGGCGCCAUGAUCUCUGGUACUACCUGCGACCGCUGGGCUACAAGCGGCAGGAGGCCAAGUUCGGCGAGUUUCCCUGGCUGGUGGCGGUCUACGGGGCGGAUGCGUAUCUCUGCAGUGGAGCCCUCAUCACUCCGCUGGCGGUGGUGACCACAGCCCACUGCGUCCAGAGUGUCCAGGAAGCCGGCCAGCUUCGCGUGGUGGCCGGGGAGUGGGAUGCCGCCGUGGAGCUGGAGCCCCAGCCACACCAGGCGAGAUCGGUGGUUGAGUCGCUGCUGCAUCCCAACUACACCCAAAUGCCGAUGGCCAACAACUUGGCGAUCCUCCUGGUGGACAAGGACGAAGCCUUUCGGCUGGCCCCCAAUGUCCAGCCCAUCUGCCUGCCGCCCCCGCAAAUGUCUUAUAAUUACAGUCAGUGCUAUGUGUCCGGUUGGCAGAGGGGCGACUUCGGGGCAUCAGCGAUCCUGCCCAAGCGAUGGACCCUCUAUGUCCUGCCACCCGAUCAGUGCAGGACCAAGUUGCGGCUGUCCGUUUUGGGGCGACGCCAUGCCCACAACGACAGCCUGCUGUGCGUCGGCGGCGACAAGGGCGACUUCGUCUGCGGCGAUGUGGACAUGACCGGGGUGCCCCUGAUGUGUCCGCUCUCCGGGCAGGAUGACCGCUUCCACUUGGCCGGCCUCCUGACCAGGACAGCCCGCUGCGAUGGCACACAACUUCUGGGUAUUUACACGAACGUCAAGUUGUACCGGCAGUGGAUCGAUCUGAAGCUCAGGGAGCGCGAUCUCGACAUAAGGCAGUACAUGGUGUGAACUGGUCCCCGACAAAUAAACGAUAAUAAAGAGGUCAAAUAUCUUAAGAGUUAAGUAAUAUUUUAUCCAGGUGCUAAAUCAGCUUGUCAGUUUAGCUUUCAUUUUAACAAAUAUAAAUGUAGGUGUGGGUGCCACUAAGUUCCCAAAAUUUUAAAAACAAUGAAUCAAAGAAAGUUCUCUCAAAAAAGUAAUCUAAAAAAAAUAAUCUAAUAAUAGCAGGCAGAAAAUAAAAUGUUAUAUGUAUUAAAUUCAAUAUGAAAUGUAAAAAAUGCCCCUUACUUAUUCCAAAAAAAUCAAAUCAAUACAUCAGCGAUAAUUUUUAAAAAUAAUAAAUAUGUUUUUUAGUUAAAUUUUAGAGAAUAUUACUUUUCCUAUUUAUUAACCCAACUUAUUGUUUACCAUAAACAUAUUUCAUUUCAAUAGAAAUUGGGCCGACCAUCUGGUUAGUUCUCCAAUCUGUAAUUUAAAACCCUUUGUUACACUUGCCUAUAAAGAGGCCUCGAAAAGGCUUCUCAGUUCAGUUGUGUGGAUGGCCACUCACCUGGAUUGACCUCCCAUGGGCACCCAACUUCUAUUCCUUCUGAUGGGCUUCUGGCUUCCACCAGCCGACGCAAAAAUAAUCUCCUGGCAGGAUGGGCCUUACGAGGACGACCGCGUGGCGGUGGACUUCAGUGGCUGCCCAAAGUGCGAGGAGAACUACAGGAACUUUGUGUUCGUCCUGAAGAACUCGGAGCUGACUGAGGAGCAGGCCGCAUCCGUAUACCCAUAUGUGGCCUUCAUCAUGUGGCUCAUUCUGGCUGCCCUGGUGAUUGGCCAGCGGUGGCGAAUAAAAAAUAAAUAAGCUAAAGUAUCUUAACUAUGGAA